AUGUAUUCAAAGGAUUCUUUCCUAAGUGUGUUGAGACGCAGGAAGAAACAAUUUUCUCUAGAUUCAUGCCCAUACAUCUCAGAUUCCUCUAUUAAAAAUUACACUUUGAAUAAUAUCCUCUCGAUUUCUGGACCCUCCAGAUCAGGAAAAUCACUCCUAAUUUCGCACAUAAUUGCUGAUUUGAUCACUACAAAGGAUCUCCAGGGUAAAGUGGUAUUAAUAGAUACAGACAACUCUUUCGAUUUGGAGACUUUAAACCAUAAAAUUGAAAACAAAGUCCUCACUGGGGGAGAUAAAAACCCAGAGUCAUACUUGUCAAACUUGUUGUACCUCCCAGUGAAUAACACUUACGAAUUUAACUUGAUUUUAAAGUCACUAAGCUUUUCCUUGAAGUUUGGAGCGUUGAGAAUACACUCAUUGGUAAUUGACUCCGUACUCAGUCUACAGAAAUGGAUCGUUAAUUAUGGCACGAACGAAUCGAGUUUAAGAAAAUUCCGCCGUUUUUUCAAGAAAAUCAUCACUCUUUGUAAAGCAUACGCAAUAUUUCUAAUAUAUACAGACUCACUGGAUCCCGAACAGAAAUAUAAAACUUUGUACGCUAAAGUUAUUGAUGAUACCGAUAAUCAUCUUAAAUACUCUCCCAAGAACAAAACUCCCUCACCAGAAUCAAAAACUCCAACUAAAACCCUAUACGAUUAUGAUUUAUCAGAUCAAAAUUUAUAUAACGACCUCCUAAUUUCACUCGGAGCAAGUGCUUCUAACGACUAUAACCAUGGAUGGUCCUCAUCACCCAAGUCUCUUGACUAUAAUAUAUCUUCUGAUUAUGAUCGAUAUAACAUUGAUGUGAUUGAUGGGAAUAUGAAGGGGAAUAUAGAAAUAUGUGAUUUUAUUGAUGAUACUAUGUGCAUUAAAUCUAUAAUACCAGAGAACUGGAUUGCAAAGUCGGAUGAAGUAUGCAUCACUGAUAGGGUAUCCCUGUUUAUGACCAUUUCAAGGAAUCUUGAUAAAAAUUAUAUAUCAUUCGUUUCCAACGAUUACAGAAAUAAAUCCAAUAUUUCUGAAGAAAAUAAAGAAAUUAAGGUUAAACAGGUAACUCGGAUCACAAGCUUCAAUUUUAGAGAAAUUAUAGAAUCUGCUAGAUACAUCCCAGAGCAGAAUAUUGAAGCGGGAGAAGAAAUAGUUGAUAUUAGUCAUGAUGGGACCGUUGAUGGAAAAGUUGAUAAUCCUGACAUUUCUGAAUCUAAAUUGGAAAAUGAUGAAAAUAUAGAUAAUAUAGAUAUAAAAUCAAAUGAUAGAAAUGGAGAAAAAGUGAAAGAGACGCCAUUAAGAGAUUUGGAUUCUGAUUUGAGCAGUAAAAUAACAAAAGAUCACCUUUUAAAAGUGUAUAGAAUCGAUUCAAGAAUUAAAUUAACAGAAUGUAGUUAUAAAUUAUUAAACAUAUAG